AUGAUCCAGUUGGCUUCAGCCUCUCUCCGGAGGUUUGGGCCAUCCACGCCUUCGACUUCGUUCUGCCCCCCAAACAGCCCGAUUGCUGAGUACAAGCCCGACAUUGGAGUGCCAAGAAGAUCGAAGAGUGAGAGGGUACAGACGGUACAGACCAUGGAAAGACCGCUGUUGGAUAACCUUGUCACCUCCGGAGUCAAGGCCUUGCAGGCCGCAGAGCUUAAUCGAGUGAAGUCUGCAUCAGAGACCCCCAGCGAGGCAAACGGCAACUGGGGUGGAGAACCCCGCGAGUGGGCCAACUCCAAUUCAGUCACACAGCAGAUCUCCGUUUUGUCCCAGAUGGGGCCUCUCGCGCAAGCGAAGCAAUUCAUUGCGGACAGAUUGGCUGGAGACUACGACAGGGAAAGGAUCUCCAAUCUCAUUGACAGUAAGAUCAACAGCAACAAGAUUAUGAUGUUCUCUUUCUCCACCUGUCCGUUUUGCCUGCGAGCAAAGCAAAUCCUGGAAGAAGACUAUGGCGAGCAGAUCGAAGUGUACGAAUGUGACUUGGAAUCUGACGGCUAUGCAGUUCGAGCGGAGCUUGGACGGCGCACUGGCCGCACUUCCAUGCCUUCAACUUGGCUUGGCCCGGAAACGCUUCUGGGUGGUUGCAACGAUGGAGGUCUAGGAGGUGUGGCUACACUGGACAAAGAUGGACGCCUUGCACCCCUUCUGACAGAACGCCGCGGAGCUAUGGGUGCUUUCGCUCCAUUGGAGUGGCUCACCUCACUUGGUCAACCUGACCAACAGCAGACCGUGGAGCGCAAGAAGGCCUUGAUGGCUGCUUGUGACGAGGCACCCAAGAAUGGUGUUGGUGCCAAUGAGCUUGUCCAGGCGAAGGUGGAAUCUGCAGCAGUGGCUUUGGAGGCCAGCUGUCCGGCCCAACCAAGCCGGAGUAAGCUCAGCGGAGUUUGGGAUUUGCAAUACUGUAGCUUGGAUAGCACGGAGAUUCGAAACAAAGAAUAG